AUGGAUUUACAUCUUCUUCAACGUCAUUUGGCAGAGAAGUUAGAAAGAAAGAGGUUUUUAGUUGUUCUGGACGAUUACUGGAACGAAAACUAUACUGAUUGGGUUAAUUUGAAAAAUUUGCUUCACAAUGGAGUGGAAGGAUGUACAAUUCUUGUCACAACUCGCAUAGAGCAUGUGGCUUUGAUGGUUAAAACUAUCUCAUCAUUUUACCACCUAAAUGCCUUGUCUGACAGAGAUUGUUUGUCAAUUUUUGCUGCACAUGCUUUCAGUUUUAGAGAUUCAGUCGUGAAAUCAUGCUUAGAAAAAAUUGGAAAAGAUGUUGUUACCAAGUGUAAAGGAUUACCUUUAGCUGCAAAAGUACUUGGGGGGCUUUUUCGAUCAAAGUGUGACUUUGAUGACUGGAAUAAUAUAUUAGAAGAUGCCAUGUGGGAUUCAUUGGACAAUGAGAUCAUUCCAGCUUUAAAAGUUAGUUAUUAUUAUCUCCCUCCCCAUUUAAAACAAUGCUUUGCUUAUUGUUCUUUAUUUCCAGAGGGUUAUGUAUUCGACAAGGAGGAACUAAUCUUGAUGUGGAUGGCAGAAGGUUUUUUGCAACCGUCAAAAAGGAACAUAACUCUAGAAGAAGUUGGUUAUGGGUAUCUUGAUGAUUUAACUUCAAGAUCAUUCUUUCAAUCCUUACCUGAAAGUUAUGUAUACGUUGCACACGGGUGUAAUAAAAGUGAUAGGUGCUUUGUCAUGCAUGAUCUCAUUCAUGCAUUAGCAACUCAUGUUGCUGGAGACUUCUACUUUAGAUUAGGGGAGAACAGAAAUGAAAUUGGCACGAUGACUCGUCAUUUGUCUUGCGACUUUCAAAAUUGCCAUUGCUUAGAUCGGGGGGUUUUCCAGAAAUCAAAAGGCUUGCGAACAUUUAUAGGAUUGAAUUUUUCCUAUAUCCUUAAGACUGUUGAAAAUGCUUCUCAUAUUCUUUCAUCGAAUCUGAAGCACCUGCGAACGUUGUCACUUAGAGAACUAUCUACUUUAAAGACAGUUCCUGAGUCAAUUGGGAAAUUUGUCCACUUGCGCUAUUUAGAUCUAUCUGGCACAAGCAUUGUAAAUUUGCCCAAUUCAAUCUGUAGAUUAUAUAAUUUACAAACCUUGAAGUUGUGCUAUUGUUCUUUUCUCAUGAUUCUACCAAGUGACAUGCAAGAUCUUGUAAAUCUUCGCUAUUUGGAUUUGUCUUCAUCAAGCAGUAUUGCAGGUUUGCCCCACUCACUAUGCAAAUUAUACAAUCUACAAACAUUGAGGUUGAAUCAUUGCAGGUCUUUAGAGAUGCUACCAAGUGAUAUGCAAUAUCUUGUAACCUUGCGGCAUCUUGAUGUUAGAAACACUAAACUGAAAGAAAUGCCAAGGGGAUUGGGUAAAUUAAAAGAUUUGCAAUUUCUAAGUGACUUCAUUGUCGGCAAAGAACAAGAAACUGGGAUUGGUGAAUUAGGAGGAAUUUCAAAAUUGAAGGGUUGGAUUGCAGUUAGCAAUUUAGAGAAUGUCAAGAAUGAAAAUGAAGCCUCUGAUGCGAGAAUGAUGGAGAAGAAGCAAAUUAAAAAUUUAACAUUAUCAUGGUCUGAUUUGGGCGAUGUGGAAGAUACAAGAACUGAGAAAGAUGUUUUGGCCCAUCUUCAGCCUCAUUGGGAUUUAGAAGAACUGGAAAUCAUUUGUUAUAGGGGCACCAUAUUUUCUGAUUGGUUGGGAAGUCCUUCUUACCACAAAAUGACUUCUUUGCGGCUAGAGAAUUGCACAAACUGUUGCAUGCUUCCUUCCCUUGGGCAACUCCCUGCUCUGAAGAAAUUAUACAUUAUUAGAUUAGAAAGUGUAGUGAGCGUUGGUGAUGAGUUUUUGAAGGGUGAUAAUUGUGCUUCCAUGAUACCAUUUCCAUCCCUUGAAUAUCUUCACUUUUCAAGGAUGGCUUCUUGGGAACAAUGGCAUUCCAUUAACACCGAAGCUUUCCCUAAACUCCAGCUACUCACAGUAUCAUUUUGCAACAAAUUAGCUGGAAGUCUACCUCUCCAGCUGCUUUCUUUAGAAACUCUGGAGAUUAAAUUCUGUUCAUUGUUUUCUUCUUGUAUUCCAAAGUGUCCCAAACUUCAGAAUUUACAUGCAUUUAAAAGUGGAAAUAUGAUGACAUGA